CCACUAGCACUCCUCCGGGGCCUCUGCUCUCGGCCCGAGGGGAGGGGGGCUGGGUGGGAAGGGGCGUGUGCCAGCGCGCGCGCUCCCGGGACGGAGAGGUCUAAGCGCUAGAACCAGCGGCCUCAGUUUUGUAGAAGGGAGCAUCGGGGCAGUCUGUGAGCGGCUGGGGCCAGACAGGACCGAGUCGAGGGAGCGGGCACCAUGGCCGCCUUCCUGCUGCUACCCCUGCUGCUGCUGCUGCCGCUGCUGCUGCUGCCGAAGCUGCGCCUCUGGCCGCAAUUGCGCUGGCUCGCAGCAGACUUGGCCUUCACUGUGCGCGCCCUACGCUGCAAACGGGUCCUUCGAGCGCGUGCCCUGGCCGCGGCCGCAGCCAACCCGGAAGGUCCCGAGGGGGGCUGCAGCCUGGCCUGGCGCCUGGCGCAGCUGGCCCAGCAGCGCCCGGCGCACACCUUUCUCAUUCACGGCGCGCGGCGCUUUAGCUACGCGGAGGCCGAGAGCCAGAGCAACCGGGCUGCGCGCGCCUUUUUGCGCGCGCGAGGCUGGGACAGAGGGUCUGGCGGGGGCGGCGGCACACGGGGCGCCGGGGAAAGCCAGUGGGCGGCGGCCGGAAGCGGCGCGGCGCGGGCCGGGCGGGAAGGGGACGGCGCGGCACCUCUGGCACCUGGGGCCACCGUGGCGCUGCUGCUCCCCGCCUGCCCAGAGUUCCUGUGGCUCUGGUUCGGGCUGGCCAAGGCCGGCCUGCGCACCGCCUUUGUGCCCACUGCUCUGCGCCGGGGUCCUCUACUGCACUGCCUCCGCAGCUGCGGCGCCCGCGCGCUCGUGCUGGCCGCAGAGUUCCUGGAGUCCCUGGAGCCCGACCUGCCGGCCUUGAGAGCCAUGGGCCUCCACCUGUGGGCUGCAGGUUCUGAAACCUAUUCGGCUGGAAUCAGCGAUUUGCUGGCUGAGGUCUCGGCCGAAGUGGAUGCGCCAGUGCCUGGGUACCUCUCUGCCCCCGAGAACAUAAUGGACACGUGCCUGUAUAUCUUCACCUCUGGCACCACAGGCCUCCCCAAGGCUGCUCGGAUCAGUCAUCUGAAGGUCCUGCAAUGCCAGGGGUUCUACCAGCUGUGCGGUGCCCGCCAGGAGGAUGUGAUCUACCUUGCCCUCCCACUCUACCAUAUGUCUGGCUCCCUGCUGGGCAUCGUGGGAUGCUUGGGCAUUGGGGCCACGGUGGUGCUGAAGUCCAAGUUCUCAGCUGGUCAGUUCUGGGAGGACUGCCAGCAGCAUAGGGUGACGGUGUUCCAGUACAUCGGGGAGUUAUGCCGAUACCUUGUCAACCAGCCCCCGAACCAGGCAGAGCAUGGACAUAAGGUCCGGAUGGCGGUGGGCAGCGGGCUGCGGCCAGACACCUGGGAGCGUUUUGUGCGGCGCUUUGGGCCCCUGCGGGUGCUGGAGACCUACGGACUGACGGAGGGCAACGUGGCCACUUUCAACUACACGGGCCAGCGGGGCGCUGUGGGGCGCGCUUCCUGGCUGUACAAGCAUGUCUUCCCCUUCUCUUUGAUUCGCUAUGAUGUCACCACAGGGGAGCCGGUUCGGAAUACCCAGGGGCACUGUGUGGCUACAUCUCCAGGUGAGCCAGGGCUGCUGGUGGCCCCCGUGAGUCAGCAGUCGCCGUUCCUGGGCUACGCUGGGGGGCCAGAGCUGGCCCAGGGAAAGCUGCUGAAGGAUGUCUUCCGGCCUGGGGAUGUUUUCUUCAACACUGGGGACCUCCUGGUUUGCGACGACCAAGGCUUUCUUCGCUUCCACGACCGUACUGGAGACACCUUCAGGUGGAAGGGGGAGAAUGUGGCCACGACCGAGGUGGCGGAGGCCCUGGAAGCCCUGCAUUUUCUUCAGGAGGUGAACGUCUAUGGAGUCGCUGUGCCAGGGCACGAAGGCAGGGCUGGGAUGGCAGCCCUGGUUCUGCGUCCCCCACACUCUUUGGACCUCGUGCAGCUCUACACCCACGUUUCUGAGAACUUGCCACCUUAUGCCCAGCCUCGAUUCCUAAGGCUCCAGGAGUCUCUGGCCACCACAGAGACCUUCAAGCAGCAGAAGGUUCGGAUGGCAAAGGAGGGCUUUGACCCAAGCACGCUGUCUGACCCGCUCUACAUUCUGGACCAGGCCGGGGGUGCCUACCUGCCCCUCACACCUACUCGGUACAGUGCCCUCCUGGCCGGGGACCUGCGCAUCUGAGGGCCCCCACACCAGCACGCCUGAGGGAGGGACCUUGUGGGGGGAGGGGUAUUGCAGGUGUAUCGGCUGCUGUCAGGGACCUUUGCUAUACCAGAUUUGUCAUUUUUAUUUUGUAAUAAAUGUAACCCGAGCCAAGCUGGCUCUGUCUUUCCGAUCCACAA